UGCCCAAAGUGAAAGACAUAAAAUGGAAGGAAAGCAAGAGAGCAUAAAAGUCAUGGAGAGAUCGCAACCUUACUUUCUCAGCAUAUUUAGCAGCGCUUGUUUUGCAGGGUUUAACAUAGUUUCCAAGGUUUCUCUAAAUAAAGGCAUGAGCCGUUAUGUCCUCGUCGUCUAUGCUCAUGCAAUUGGAAUGCUAACCACAGCUGUUCUUGCACUUCUCUUCGAAAGGAAAAAUCGACCUCGCAUUACUUUCCGAAUCUUGACCCAUAUCUUCAUCUUGGGGCUUCUGGGACCCGUAAUUGCAAUGACAACAUUCUAUGCUGGCAUGGGAUUUACUUCAUCUGCAUUUGCAUCUGCCAUGGCCAAUCUAGUUCCAUCAAUGACACUCAUUUUGGCGAUUUUAUUCAGGAUGGAGAAAUUAAAUAUCUUCAAAUCUAGCAGCCAAUUAAAGAUAGGUGGAACUCUUAUAGCUUUUGCAGGUGCUACAAUCAUGAUUAUAUACAAGGGUACCAUUGUAAUUUCACUUUCUUCAACACAUUCUACCAAACCAAUGGCGUCAUUGGAAAAGGAUUGGGUGAAAGGCUCCCUUCUGCUUAUUGUUUCAAAUUUUUCACAAGCAGCCUACUAUAUAUUACAGGUUACAACAAUUAAGUUAUAUUCAGCUCCAAUCUCUCUUACAUUGUUGACAUGCUUAAUGGGAGCAGUACAAGCAGCAGUAAUGACAACAAUUUUUGAUCGUAAAGCUUCAUCAUGGAGGUUGAGUUGGGAUAUUAAGUUGCUGGCCCCUAUUUAUUGUGGUGUCAUGGUCUUUGGAGUAACUAGGUACAUUCAGACGUUAGUAAUUCAGAAAAGAGGCCCAGUGUUUGUGAGUGCUUUCAGACCAGUAGGGACAAUAAUUGUAGCUGUUAUGGGACUUUUUAUCCUGAAAGAAGCUUUACACUUGGGAAGUAUUCUUGGAGCUGUUUUGAUAUUUGCAGGCCUAUACAUGGUUUUAUGGGGUAAAGAGAAGGAGAAUGCGAAUGAAUUAAUUGAGAAAAAUUUGCAUGAUAAAGGCGAGAAUGUAGAACCAUAGAAUGAUAUCAAAGGGACUAUUGUACUGAAUGUUUUAUGCACCACUAGCUUAUCAAUAAUAAAUAUUACU